ACACACACACUUGUGUCAGAACCCUGCUACUAGAGCCUGGAUGUGGCUCUGAGUUUCAGGGUCACUGACAUUGAUAAGACACCUGCGUCCCAGGACUCGGAGGAGAAACGGCUGAUGGACUUGGCGGGGAAUUUGCGCGGGGUUUUACUGAGCGGGAAGAGACUGUUCAAAUGAGGGGGAGGGUAUAUAAAGGAGGGUUGGUCGGAGCCUCCCAUUCUUGGCUUUUCUGAUGUUCAUGUUUCCUACAGUAAAAGUUUCUGGUGAUAUCACAGAGAGUCUUGUGUGUUCAUUCAGGAGCGGCUGUGGUGAGCUGACACUAAGCCAAGAAUUUGGACACCAUCCCGCUGUAGCGGUGAGGUGUAACAUGCAAGUGGAGGAUGAAGAGCUCUUGGGCGCCGGAGGAGGAAGGUCGGAAAGGGCCACUCCCGAGACGGACGCUGAGUUCCACCAGCUGGCGGCCCUGGCGUCAUCCACCGCUUAUGCCCAGCCAAACGGGGUAACCCAGAGGCGCGGAGUGGUGCGGGGAGAUAGCGCCGGAGGAGAGGAAGGUUCACUUUCCCCAGGACCGCAAAAGACGGUGUUUCUGGAGGAGAGGAUGUCGGCAAUGGAGACCACCCUGGCAGUGAUGUCGAGGGCGAUGGAGCGCUUGGCGGUUUUGGCGGAGCCGGAGCGAGGAAGGGAACUCCGGGCUAGCCCAAUGUGGGACGUGAGCACGGGAAGCAGCCAGGGCUUUGCAGACCUCCCAGCACCGAAGGGAAGGGAAAUGCGAAAGGAGCCUGGUGCCCGGCCCAAGAUCCAAACGAGCCUGACGCGGGUGGAGGAGAGUGACGACGAAGGGGAAAAGCCUCCGAGGAUCCCGGCUACGCUCCCAACUGAGACCCUGGUGCCCCUGGCGAAUGCCGGGCGUGGCACAGGACAAAGGGAAGCAGCAGCGGGGCCCACUGGCCCGCAAGGGGGCUUGCGACGGGCGGAGGAUUGGGGAUUGCCACCACAGGGACCCCUACCGAGGCGAGAGGAACUAAGGAUCGAGUUUGGGGGAGAGUCCUCUGAACUGGAUUUUUUCCUGACCACGGUGAGGGGCUAUAUGGAGGACAAUGCCCACACUUUUAGAACGGAAUCCAGCCGGGUACGGGCCAUUGGUGCAGUGUUGAAGAGGGGAGCGGCCAGCUGGUACGUUCAACUACACGCGCGGCGCGACCCAUGUCUGGGGUCACUCCGACGCUUUAUGGGGGCCCUGGAGACCCGUUUCCGAGAUCCACUGGAGCAGAUCCGGGCGAGGGAGGAGUUGAAGACCGUCUCCCAGGGGCAGAGGUCGGUAUCUGAGUAUGCGGAGGAGUUCCAAUGCCUCGCUGAAAAGGUGCCGGAAUGGUCUGCAGUGACAAAGAUAGAACUCUUCAAAGAGGGGCUCAGGCGGGAGAUCCUCUCCUGGGCGGUGCAUCGUGAUGAGCCUGACACACUGCGCGGAUGGAUUCAGCUGGCAGGGCGCAUCGAGACAUCGCUGGCCCAGGCGAGGAGGCACCGAGGAGGGCUACAGCAGCGGCCGCAGAUGAAAGAGGGGAGCCGGAAGGAGGGAUCAACCCCAGCCGGGAGGAGAACGGAGCCGACAGGGAACGUGAGCACCAGCAGGAGGGGCUGCUUCGUGUGCGGCCGUUUGGGCCACAGGGCUGCCGAGUGCUGGCAGAGAAAAGGGGAAGGCGGAGGCCCGCCCAAGCCAAGAGCCGUGGCAGGGAAACGCGCCGAGGAAGAACCACCGAUGAGGCACCACUCGGGGGGGUUGGACGAAGGGGAGGAGGACGCCAUGUCAGAACCCUGCUACUAGAGCCUGGAUGUGGCUCUGAGUUUCAGGGUCACUGACAUUGAUAAGACACCUGCGUCCCAGGACUCGGAGGAGAAACGGCUGAUGGACUUGGCGGGGAAUUUGCGCGGGGUUUUACUGAGCGGGAAGAGACUGUUCAAAUGAGGGGGAGGGUAUAUAAAGGAGGGUUGGUCGGAGCCUCCCAUUCUUGGCUUUUCUGAUGUUCAUGUUUCCUACAGUAAAAGUUUCUGGUGAUAUCA